AUUAAACAUAAGUUCCAUUACAACAGUAUCAUGCAACUCAAUGGUCGAAUCAAUGAUUCCCUGUGCUCAAGCUACACCUAUCUUACUCUGGCCUUCUUCUUCGACCGAGCAGACGUUGCUCUUCCAGGAUUCCACAAGUUUCUGAUGGAAGCUUCCAACAAAGAGAAGGAAAACGCCAUUAAACUGAUGAAAUAUAUGAACAAACGAGGUGGAUGGUUUAAACUCAGGAGAAUUGUAGCCGAAGAAAGAGAAUGGAAGAACGGUCUUGAUGUUCUGAAGUUUAUGCUCGAACAUGAGAAAUUUAUGAACGCUAACUUCCUGUACACGCAUCAGGUCGCUAACUCAGUCGGUGACGGGCAUUUGACGUAUUUUGUGGAAGAGGAAUUCCUGGAACCACGAGUUGAAUUUAUCAAGAAAUUGGCCAACUACAUCAGUAACCUGAAAUCAUUUACUACAGACUACAAUCUGGGAGAGUAUAUCUUAGAUGACGAACUUUAA